AUGGUGAGAACCCCUUGCUGCGACAAAAGUGGACUGAAGAAAGGAACAUGGGCACCCGAAGAAGACAAAAAGUUGAUUGCUCAUGUUACUAGGUUUGGCCACUGGAAUUGGCGCCAACUUCCCAAGUUUGCAGGUCUUGCAAGGUGUGGAAAAAGCUGCAGAUUGAGGUGGAUGAAUUAUUUAAGGCCAGGCAUCAAAAGAGGGAACUACACUCAUGAAGAAGAAGAGACUAUUGUCAAACUGCACGCAAGGUUUGGAAAUAGGUGGUCUAUGAUUGCCUCUAACUUACCCGGAAGAUCAGACAACGAGAUAAAAAAUCACUGGCAUGCCCAUCUUAAGAAGCGCUUUCAAAAUAGUUCAGUAUCAAAUGAAAAAGCUGAAACAUCCAAGUCAAAGCAUCACUCCCAAGUUGAAUCCAUUCAAGAGAAGGACUCGGUAGAAAUUGUUGAUCCUUUCCAAAACACUUCUCCAACUACUUCUCAGACUCAAACCCCUGAUGCCUCUCCAUCAUUGAGUGAUAUUUUUUGCACUAUAGAGGAGCCUGCACCAGACGGUAACGGGAAUUUGGUUAUGGAUGACUUUGCUAAUUUUAUGGAUACAUAUACAGAUCCCAUAAGUGCAUAUUCUUGGACGGAACUCUCUUUGGCUGACAUUUCCUACUUCCCAGGGGAACUACUUGCACCUUUCGUGACUGAAACCGAAUGUUUCUUUCCAGUUUAUGAUGCACAACUUUGGGUUCUGUCCUAA